GGUUACCAUGGUAACGGAAUGCCUGACUAUGGGCGACGGAAGUGCGGCCUGCAGAGCCUGGCCAGGACAUGGCGCCCCGCUCUCCCCGGGCUGGGAUUACUGUGCUCUCCCCGCAAUGCUGCCUGCUCGCCCUGCUCGUGUCCCAGGCCCUGGCCGAUCUCGGAGAGUUCAGCCCCGGGCAGUCCGUGGGAUCCAUGCCCGUGGGAGCUGCCGCACAGGAGAGGAGGUACUUGUUGUAUGAUGUGAAUCCUCCAGAAGGUUUUAACCUGCGCAGGGAUGUAUAUAUUCGGAUGGCCUCACUUCUUAAAACCUUACAGAAAAGUGAAGACUGGGUGCUAGUCAUUCCUCCCUGGGGUCGCCUUUAUCAUUGGCAGAGUCCUGACAUUCACCAGGUUCGGAUUCCAUGGGCAGAAUUCUUCGAACUUAAAAGCCUUAACCAAAAUAUCCCUGUUAUUGAAUAUGAAGAUUUUUUGGCAGAAUCUGGAGGUCCUUUUAUUGAACAGGUUUAUGUCUUGCAAGGCUAUGCAGAGGGAUGGAAGGAAGGGACGUGGGAAGAAAAGGUGGAUCAGAGACCAUGCAUAGAUCAGCUCAUGUACUCUGAAGACAAACACGGAUACUACAGAGGCUGGUUUUGGGGCUAUGAGGAGACAAGAGGUUUAAAUGUCACAUGCUUAUCCGUACAGGGCUCCGCUUCUAUUAUGGCCAACAUACUGUUGAACACAACAGCAAGGACCAUAAUGUUAGACAGAGCUGAGAAUCUUCUACAUGAUCACUAUGGGGGCAGAGAUUAUUGGAAUGCACGGCGCAGUAUGGUUUUUGCUCAGCAUCUGCGAAUAGUGGGGGAUGAAUUUCGUGCCAACGUCUUGCAAUCUAAUGAUGAGGCUGACAAGACCAUAUUUGUUGAGGAUUGGACAAGAGUAAAGGCAAAGCCAAACAUGGCAUCAGGGGGUCCUUACCUUGCUGUCCACCUUAGGAGGAAAGACUUUAUUUGGGGCCACAGAGAGGAUGUGCCUAGCCUUCGGAAGGCAGCAGAAGAAAUUCACAGUCUUUUGAAGAAGCUCAAGCUCAAAAAAGUAUUUGUAGCCACAGAUGCUGACCGAGAAGAUCUAGAAGCUCUUAGGAAGUUGAUUCCUGAGAUGGUAAGAUUUGAGCCGACUUGGGAAGAGCUAGAACUCUACAAGGAUGGAGGAAUCGCGAUAAUAGACCAGUGGAUCUGUGCUCACGCCAGGUAUUUCAUAGGCACAUCUGUGUCCACGUUCUCAUUUCGUAUUCAUGAAGAAAGAGAGAUCCUAGGCUUUGAUCCAAAGACUACGUACAAUCGAUUCUGUGGGGACAAGGAGAAGAACUGUGAGCAGCCUACCCAUUGGAAAAUUGUAUACUGAAAAACCAAAUUGCUCUCAGGACAGUUUGCACCCAGAAGUAAUGGAAUGGAAAUAUAAAGCUGCUUCAGGAAAACCACAAACUCCAGUCUUCUGGUCAAACUUAAAUCAACAAACCAUUCUAAUUAUUCCUUUCAGAUACACAUUAUGUAUGUGAAUACCACUGGAAAAGGAAUAUUACCUGUGUUCAUUACCUUACAGCCACUGUGUAACCUGUACAGUGUUACAUUUAAACGCCUCCAUCUUUUUUAGAAAACAGAGGAUGAUAACAUUUUUGUUUCUACAAAGAGUCAGAUUGCUUUUUUUAUACCUCAAAUUUGUCUGUUUUUAUAUGUAUAAAGCAAUUAAAGUGUUCUGUAUAUAUUUGUUAGUUUGCAGCAAAAGUUCUUUUUAGACCCACAAUGGCAGUUAAACUGUAGCACUGCAUCACCACUUGCAAAACUUGCUUUUCACUAUUUGCACCACUAGAUGGCACAGUUUAAACAGACUUCAUAUGAAAUGUAUUUUUUAAUUGAAGAGGAAAUUGGAACUAUAACCAUUUGCAGUAUUUUUCUUUUUGGUAUUAAAAUAUCAGUUCUUGUUAA